CAGCGGGCAAGCUCUCCUUGACUUUCUCCACUCUACACCUACAAAUUUGUUGUUAAGUUCAUACGGAAUCGGUAUCACGUAUAGGCGGAUUAACUUUUCAAAUUUUACUCGCAUCUGCCAAUUAUCGUGGUCAUAAAUUUCUUAUCAUCUUACAUGCGGCUCCUACACGCUAAGGACCUGGUGAUCAAUGAAUACCAGGAAAAUAUCCCGCCAUACGCCAUACUUUCGCACACAUGGGGUGACGAAGAAGUCUCCUUUGUCGAUUUUAUCGAGGGAAAGGCACCAUGUCGGAAAGGAUACCAGAAGAUCAUGGGAUGCUGCAAACAAGCCCUAUAUGAUGGCAUCGAAUAUGUGUGGAUUGAUACUUGUUGUAUCGACAAGCGCAGCUCAGUAGAGCUCUCGGAAGCUAUCAAUUCUAUGUUUAAUUGGUACCGUGAUUCACUUGUCUGCUAUGCCUAUCUUCAAGAUGUCUCAAGCAAGGAUAAGAAAGAUCUCAGGGAAGAUUGGGUUAACUAUAACUAUCCUUCAAGUUUCAAACACAGCCGCUGGUUUGAUCGAGGGUGGACGCUUCAAGAGCUAGUAGCGCCAUCCGUUCUCGUUUUCUACACAUCUGACUGGGCUAGCAUUGGAGGUCGAGAUGAAUUGAGGGAUACCAUCGCUGAAAUCACCAAUAUCAGCACUGAUUUCUUCUUAUCCGGACGGCUGAGCGAUUUUAGUAUCGCUCAACGAAUGUCUUGGGCAUCACAUAGGAAAACAACUCGAAUCGAAGACCAGGCCUAUUGUUUACUUGGGAUCUUCGGUGUCAUCAUGCCUCUAGUUUACGGUGAGGGGAAGCGAGCUUUUGUGCGGCUCCAGGAAGAAAUCAUCAAGGAAUCAGACGACCAGUCUAUUUUUGCCUGGUGUUCUAAUGGCUCCCAGGACCAGGAUCCGAAUCUCGUCGGGUUAGCCCACGGUGGCCUCCUAGCCCCGUCUCCUUCCUAUUUUUCCAAUUCUGGGGGUAUUGUGAGAUGCAAGUACGAUAGCAUUACACGAAACGAGAACGCUGAGUACGAGCGUGCAUUGCCAUACGCAAUAACUAACAGAGGUAUUCAAAUAUCCCUACCAGUCAUUGAAUAUCAACGUGGACAAAAAAUCUUUAUAACGCCCUUACGAGAGGAGAGACAAGACAUUUCCAGUAUCCAUACGCUCGAGCCAUCAGAUACAAUUGCUAUCCUAAACUGCCAGUUGGCGGGAACUCGAUCUCAAAUUGUGAUCUUCCUUAGAAGAAUGGGAAACGAGCAGAACUAUACACGGGAACUUUACUGGCCUGAACUUGCUUCGUUGUCCCGGAAAGGGAAAAAAAGCAAAGCUGUAGUGAAGCAGCUUUUUAUUCAGGCCCACAACCUGUUAAAUACUGAACCACUAUGGUUUCGACAUAAACGUGAAAAACUCGUUAUUAUCGAGGCUUUGCACUACCCAUUGUCUGGGUUCUGUUUGAAAAAAGUCGAACCGGAAGUCGAGUGGCAAACCCAAGAGACAGGGGCUUUAUUCGUUCGCGUCCCCUAUUAUGCGACAAACGGAGUUGCACUCGUAUUCCAGCAUCCCGUAGGUGAAGCAUUUCUUCUUCUCAUCCAGUGGGGAGUUGAGUUCUCACUCAGAGCUACCAUCACUCGUAACGUUAGAGUUCCUGAAGAUGCGGAUCUAUCUCAGGCAGAUUUAUCCACAUGGGGUAAUAAUGAACGUAUUUAUGGUCACCAAAACUCGCCAUACGGUCCCUUUUCUUUACGCCUUCACACGAGACAAGCUGCGCACGCAUACAUCAUAAGAUUAGAGUGUCAGGCUGUCUUGGAGGAUAUUGAACGAGUCCCGAAAGAAAAUGGUACUCGUCUAGAUGCCUCUGGGAUGCAAUCUUCUCAUGAGAACGGGAUAGCAUAUUAUGAGACGGAUCUCGACUAAAGUCAGACGGACUCUAAACUCAAGUACCUUUCAAACGUGUUGCUUUUAGGGUUAUCGUUCACAUCUUGAACCCCGCCGCCACACCUUGCAUC